AUGCAGUUCGCUCUACCCCCUCGGAAGAACCUCAAUGCUCCUCUGUACGGUCACUCUUCCCGGCUUUCGUUGCAGCGCAGGAAACAACUUAAAGCCGUUGCGAUACUAGGAUUCGCGCUGCUUGUGAUUUACUUCCUCUUGUCGCAGCUCUUCCACUCGAGUACAGGGACCCCUGCUGCACCGGCCGGGACUUCAAGUCUCGUCAUCGUAUCAGUUCUAGACCGUGUCCGUUGGAGCAGCGAUUACAUCCAAAAGAUCACCAAUAACAGAGAGGACUAUGCCAUGCGUCAUGGUUAUACCAACUUCUUCGCAAACCUAUCCGAUUACGAGUCUACCCUGGACAACGCCCCACGAAGCUGGGCCGUCGUCCCAGCCGUUCGACAUGCGAUGGCAGCCCAUCCGCAUUCGAAACAGUUCUUCUACCUUGACGCACAUGCGCUGAUCAUGAACCCGAGCAAAUCGCUCGAGUCGCAUCUCCUCGAAAAGGAUCGUCUAGACUCUUUGAUGCUCAAGGACGUCCCGGUCGUGCCUCCGGAUAGCAUAAUAAAGACCUUUUCGCAUCUAAGACCCAAGGACGUAGACCUCAUUCUUACCACGGACAACGAGGACCUCAGCUCCGGGAGCUUCAUCAUUAGACAGGGAGAGUUCGCGCAUACCUUCCUGGACAUCUGGUUCGAUCCUUUGUAUCGCAGCUACAACUUCGCUAAGGCAGAGGCACAUGCUUUGGAUCAUAUUGUCCAGUGGCACCCGACUAUUCUGGCCAGACUGGCCCUGGUCCCUCAGCGGACCAUCAACGCAUAUAGUAAGGAUUCGGCGGGUGCUGGCAUAAAUGGGAACUAUAAAGACGGUGACUUGGUCAUUCGAUUCUUUGGAUGUGACACGGAUACGAAGCGGAGUUGCGAGAAAGAGAUGGAUCCGUAUUGGCGUCUAUGGACUAAGAGAAAUGAGUAA